AUGCAUACAUGGGUAUAUUGUUUGUUUAAACAAAGAUUUGUAAUUCGAAGAAGUGAAGAGUCUGCAUAUAAAAACUUUUUAUUAUAUGUAGAAGAAAUUUAUAAAAGCACCGUUAUAUAUCCGAUUAAAUAUAUUUAUGAUGUUCCUUUAGGAUAUUUCGAAAAUUUAAUAUCAUAUAAAAAAGAAGAUUUAAAAAAUAAAAAUUUAAAAGAAUUUUGUGAAAAUCAGAAACAAUUAUAUGAAAAUAAAGAUGGCAACCAAUUAUGUUUUUGUUGUUAUUGUACACAGUCUAGUAUAUUUCCUUUAUAUUCUAAAUUAAAAUAUAGAAGAAAAAAACUAUUAUGUAAUAAAAAAGACAAUAAUGAGAAUGUAAUACUAACACUGUCAUGCUUAAAAAAAAAAGCAGAAAAAUACCAUGGAUUUUAUGUUCAUAAAAGUUCCAAUUUUUUUAUGUUAAAUGUUACAAUGCAACAAUUUGAUUUAAACAAUGAGCUAUUUAUAAAUAGAAAUAUAAAACCGGAAUUGGAUAGAAAGACAUAUUUAUUAAAUUCUUCAACAUUCGAAAUAGAUGAUGAGAUAUUUAAUAUAAAAAUAAGUUUCGAUGUUGAAAAGACACAUCAGGGAAAUUCCAUAGAAGGGAAUUAUAUUUUUAUGGAUUCAGAAAUAUUUAAAGAAAAAAUAAAUUUCGAAGACACAUAUAUAGACGAUGAAAUAUUGAAGAAAUCAGUAAUAGUUAAAUCCAGGAAUUUGGAUGAUAAAGGAAAUGGAUGUAACAAAAUAAAUAGGUAUCCUAUAAUAUGGGAAAAGGAAAAGGGAUUUUGUUCAUUUCCCCAAAAUUAUUGUUUAAAAAAACAGCUAGCUUAUUUUAUAAAUAUGGGGAAAAAAAAUAUAAUAGAUAAACAAAAUUUAGCAAAACAACGACAUAAAAAAUUGAUAGAAUAUGAAAAGCUGUUUUUAAAAGAAUUACACAAAGGUCAUAAAAAAAGAUUAGAUGAAAUAAAUGAAAAAAAAAAAAAAAAAAAAAAAUUGAAAAACCGAAAAGAAAUAAAAAUCCGAGAAACUGAUAAACGAUUCUAUCAAAAAGGGGAAAGAAACAAAAACCAGCAACAAAAGAAGGACCAUAUGAAAAGGAAUGAAAAUCAGAAACAAAUCCGGGUCCAAAAAAUUGAGAAAAAAAUUGAGAAAAAAAAAAUAUGUUAUCAUCAUCUAUCAAGGAUUAUAUCGAUUUAG